AUGCUAGAGGGGGACGGCAAGCAUUUCGUUGACAUUGCCGAAACGGACUGGAGUACAAUUGACACGGCACCGAAGCGCACGACUAAAAGACCACGUGCUGCCGCUCGCUCUCAGCCCAGCAACCCGGACACGACCUCUUCAGUCUCAGCCGCCGCUUCACCUUUCACUCAACAUCAACCUCGACUACCAUCUUUGCGCGACCUGUUUCCUCCCGAAUUCUUCCAACCCCCCACAAGUGCUACAAUGCCACGCCGUCAAGCGGGUGGAGAUGAAGACGAGGACUACAUGCCAGACGAGGAGUAUAUGCCUCAUUCUAAAAGGCACAAGUCGCUAACUCGAAGAGCUAGUCAAGAAGAGCUAUCAGCUACCGACUCCCAGUAUUCUGAGUCACAAGGUGAUCUCGAACUUGACGAAGCUUACACUGCCGCUAGUUAUCGUCCCAACCCGCGCAGAUCAGCGACAGUUGCCUACGAUCGCAUCAGCCAGACCAGUCGCACCUCACGACAACCUCACCGCGUCGAGCAACAACAGGAACUUUCUCACGGCCAGCAAAGUGAAUCCCGUCGCAGUUUGCAACAAAACCAGUCCGUUGAAGAACAACAGACCUCUCGCAAUCGCGUUACAUGUGAGGUCAGUCGCGCUUCACGUCACGUUCACUUCGCCGGACCACAGCAGCAGGAUCACCGCCGUGCCCCGCAGAGUCAAAUCGCCAGCAACGUUCCCGUCAGACCUUCCCCUCUGAGCAACAUGUCUCUACUCAGGGAUUUCGAACAUCCGUCGACUGAGCUCACUGCCGCAUCUGGUCGACCCGUUCGCGGCGCAAUGGCGAGGGCCCUGGACCGUAUGAGCAACCAGAAUCAGGCCGGCAGUUCAUCCGCUGUCAAUCCCGCCGAGGAGGACUUCAGAUCCGAUGCACCUGGACGACCAGCGAAACCCCCCAUCUCCCGCGAGCAACAGCGCAAACAGAACUUGAUCAUGGUUCUUUACCGCAGCAUUUUCGACUCCAAGCUGAAAGAAUUCCCUUCCCUCAUGACCUUCCGCCCCAUCCCCGACACCUGGCAAGAACCCUCCUCACUCCGCGCGGCCAGUCCCGCUCCUCCUCCCCCCAACACCCCCCUCAACCUCAACAACAUCCCCCAACGCGCCGAAUUCGACGCCUUCCACCAGCACAGUCUCUCCUCCACCCUCCGCAUGCAAACCCCCUACGGCGGCCCUGCCGUCCCCGUCCCGCCCCUGGGCUACGAAAGCUACUCGUUCCAAAACUACCCCUCCACCCACAAGACCAACGACCAUGAAUACUACUCGACAGCAGCGAACGACGUCUUCGGCCAGGCCGUCCCCUCGCUGCGCACCACGCCCAAAUACCACCCGACCAACGAGAUGACGCCCGAGGAGACCCAGCGCUACCACAACGAUCGGCGGCUGUUCGUUAAGAUGAAGGCUGCCUGGGUUGACAACGACAAGGUUCUGCGCCUGCGCGAGCAAAAGGUGGAUGGAGACGCGCUGCAGACGCUGUGGGAGGUUGCCCAGGUGUUUAGGGCGAGAAACCCGGUUAAUCCGAGUGCGGAGAGUGUGAAGUGGUUUGUGGAUAAGAGAGAUGAGAUUUCGAGGCCCAGAUCUCAGAGUCAGCGCCAGAGCCAGAGUGCCCCUGCUGAGGAGAGCGGCCACGAUAACCUCGAAGACUUGGUCAACGCGGCGGCCGCGGCGGAGGAGCUGGAGGUAGUAGGGCCGGAGCCUAUGGACGUUGACGAGCCGGAACAGCAAGAGGACGACGAGGAGAUGCCGCAGCAGGCUGAGAACGAUGAAGAAGACGAUGAUGAUGAAUAUGUUGAUGUUGACGAACUGGCACCGGCAUUCAGAAUGCUGCAGCAGCUGGAGCAGCAGCAACAGCAACAACAGCAGCCACCAGCUGCUUCGGUAAGCCCUCCUAGCAUCCACUCCCAAGACUACGACGCCGACGUUGACACUCCUUCGGAGACACAGAGCGAGAUUGAAGAUCACGAGAGGCAUGAACGUGCGCGUUCUGAGCGGGCGCAAAGCAAGGGGAGGCUCGGUAUCAACGACCUCCUUAACUAG